UUGCAUAAUGUAUCCUUUUUAAUCCUUUUCCCCUAUGUUUUUAGAGUUCCCCUGAAAAAGCCCUCACUCCGUUCUCAAACAUCAUCUGCCAUCGAACGUGCCGACUCGUUAUCGGAAUAUUUCGCCAGCAGUAGUUUACCGGAAUUUCCUGAGCGUCUCGAAGGUUCGUCAGUGUCGUUGUCAGAGACGGCGAUGAACACGUCACCGAAGAAGUUUUCGUUGAUCAGUUCACCCAAGAAAAGCUCCUUGGGGUUGAGGGUGCCUUGGUCGCUCCGGGUGAAGUUGGUCGGUUGUUCACCUACUUUGGCGAUUCGUGUCUGCCAGUUGCUGCGCGACUUUCAACUAGUGUUCGACAGGUUUGCGGUCGAAACGCGUGCUGCCCUGCUUUCAUUCAAGGAGGAAACGGCCGAGUGCUUUCGAAUUGUUCAGUCGUAUGUCCAGCAGCUAGUUCUGGCUCUGAAUGACCGUCAGCAGCUCUUUGCUUCAGGGGCUGGUCCCCUGCCUUCGCAGCAGACCAACGUCACUACCACCGCCGUGCCUUUUCCCCCAUUACGCAAAGCGGUCGAAAGGGCGACGGAUAUAUCUGAAACCAAGGCCUUUCGGUAUCUGAAGAAACUGCUUGACUUUUCCUUGACUUCGCUUAAGCGAAAAGAUCAGGUCAUAAGAAUGUUGCUAAGUGCAUUAGCUUUAAAGAAAGUUCGUUCGGAUUCCGGUGGUGGUGACGGUGUAGUUAAAUCAAGAUUUUUCGAUGGUGGUUUUCCAGGCAAGCUCCUGUGCUGUCAUUCUGUUGGAGCGUUUGAAACUUCGGCGUUGCCAGGCAAUGGCAAAGACUUGUUUGUGAUGCGCGAUGCCAUCGAUGAUGCUUAUACGUUGUUUAGAAGCCGGUCGAUGGACGACGAGACUAAUAGGGCCGUCGAGGAGUCGUUCGAUGCUGAGUUGUUGCGUACUCAUCGAUCGGCCACCAUUGACUCCGUCUCAGACACGUGUAUUGAAUGCCGCCGGCAGAAGACUGUUUCUUUAAGCACUGGCACCUGUCACCAAUUCGGUACAUCGCCAACUCCCCGUUUCGGGCAACUGAUGUCUCCGGCUGACGUCAGUGCUGAACAUGAAGGCCGAUCGUGGUCAGCAGAUACGCCGGACGUUGUUGAUUACAGAGCUACUUUCAUGGACCAUCAGCUGAUGGUGGAUGUAUGGGCUACCAUGGAAUGUCUUUUGCAUUACGCACUCAGUGCUGCUGCUGAGCAUCAGACCGUUGAACACGGUUGUCAGACGAAUUUGGACUGGAAGAUAUCAGUGACGAAUAUCGAAGCCGGCGAUCUGGUGUUGGUGGUCUACGACCUCAGGGUAGAGACGUUCGUCGUAUUUUGCUUGCUGCCACAGUGGUAUAUUCUGACCGAGAGUUCCCUGCGUUGCCUGGAGCUAUGCAAGGACGACGGUGCCAAGUCCAACAACAAGUGGAAGUUUGGUCGCUUAGUGAAAAAGGAGUAUUGCCAAAUCAAGAAAAACUCAAACAAGUACAAGUUAAACGUUGGCUGUAAGUUCUACCGAGUCGAAGUGCAGCCGGUCAGGUUCUAA